UAAUGUUACAUUUUCUCAAGCUAAAACAAAACACACAAGAACAAAGAGAGAAAAACAGACUCACACUCUAAUCUGUUUUCUCCACAACGUCUUUGUUCGAUCUCCAAAGACGACUUAAGCCAGAAGUUUCAAAGCUUCACCUCCUUCUGAUUCUAUUGUUUUUUGCACAUCCUUUUCUCUUUUAACGCCAAUGGAUUCGCCUAGUACUCAAAAGACUAAACCAAGAAAGAUGAAGGUUGUUGUGAAGAAGUCUCGGGCUCAAAUACUCUUAGAUUUGUUAUACCGGGUGAUCGAGAUAACUAUAGUUAUGGUAACUGUAGCCAAGCUCUUUUACCAACUAGUCAUCACGUUCGAGGGCUCUGGUCUUGCGGGUUUACUCAUCAGCCGUCACCUUGCUUUCGUUUUGGGGAAUGGGAUAGUCAUCGCUCUAGUCGCCAACUGCGGUUUCUUUUUGAAUCAAGAACCUGAUGCAAGGAGAAACAGCAACGAUUUUUACGAUGAGUUUGUUCGGGAGAGCUCAAGAGGAGUUAGGAAUUUAGAGACACAACUGGUAUGCAGAGAAAAACAGAGCGAAGCAGAGACCGUGGCGAAACAGAGCAUUGAAGAAAACAGAGCAAAACAGAGCAUUGAAGAUAAGAAGAGACAAAGCAGAGCAAAACAGAGCAUUGAAGAGAAGAGGACAAAACAGAGCACUGAAGAUAAGAGAGAGAAACAGAAGAAGACUGAGAACUGUUCAAAACAGAACACCGGUGAGGAGACAGAGAAGAAGGACAUAACUGUGAAGAGACACAAAGAGAUCAUUGCUCAAAAUCAGGAAAGCCCGAGGAAGAGUUACGAAAGGAGUCAGUCCGAGAAUCUCGAGGGCUCAAAGAAGAGUACUUGUGGAAAAUUGAAGAGAUCGGAGACGGAGAGAUCUGCUGAUGUACUUGAAUCCGACGAUGAACUCCGAUACAAGAUUGAGUCUUUCAUUGCGAGACAGAGGAGGAACCAAAAGGAUGAAGAGUUUUGUAUUACCUAAAAAAAUACUUAAAAAAAGCAAAGAAAAAGAAAGAAAAACUUAAGUUUAUGCAAAGCAUUCACAUAUGUUUGUGAGUGUUUUUUUUGUAUAUACAUACGGGCAAAAAUAUUUCAAAGCCCGAGCAUAAAAUGUUGUUUUUUAGCUUUUCUUUGUAUAAUUUUGUUCAUCUUAUAAAAUUAUGAAGUACUUUAUAAGCUUUC